AUGAACUCGACCCUCCUCCGCACCGCUGCCGCGCGCUCGGCCCUCCGCGCUGCCACCAAGAGCUCGGCUCGCGCCGGCGUCGCAACCACCUUUGUGCGUGGAAAGGCUACCCUGCCCGACCUCUCCUACGACUACGGCGCCCUCGAGCCCUCCAUCUCCGGCAAGAUCAUGGAGCUGCACCACAAGAACCACCACAACACCUACGUGACCAGCUACAACAACUUCAGCGAGCAGAUCGCCGAAGCAAAGGCCAAGAACGACAUCAAGGCCCAGAUCGCCCUGCAGCCGCUGAUCAACUUCCACGGCGGCGGCCACAUCAACCACUCGCUGUUCUGGGAGAACCUGGCGCCCACGUCUCAGGGCGGUGGUGAGCCCCCUUCGGGCGCCCUGGCCGGCGCCAUCAACGACUCGUACGGCUCGCUCGACCAGUUCAAGGACAAGUUCAACACGGCCCUCGCCGGCAUCCAGGGCUCCGGCUGGGCAUGGCUGGUGCAGGACACGCAGACGGGCGCCAUUCAGAUCAAGACCUACGCCAACCAGGACCCCGUCGUCGGCCAGUUCAAGCCCAUCCUGGGCGUCGACGCCUGGGAGCACGCCUACUACCUCGACUACCAGAACCGCAAGGCCGAGUACUUCAAGGCCAUCUGGAACGUCAUCAACUGGAAGGCCGCGGAGAAGCGUUUCCAGUAG